GGGAAAUUUCUAGGGUUUAUCGAGGAGAUGCCCAAGAGAAGAAGGCGAUCGAACGUUUUCUCGAUUGCGCAGGCUGGAGAGGUUGAUCGAUUGCAGGAGGUAAAGGAGCAGCAUUGUGACGAAGUAGAGCGAGUGCUUGAAACCGCCGGCGCCGCCCCUGUGGAUGCCGGCGAAAAUGGGACGCCAUCGCGAAAAGAAUCCUCUUCCAGCAAGAGAUCUGCCAAAGCAAUCUCUGAUGUCCGUGUGGUCGAUGAGCAAGAAUUGCGAGCGGCUUUGGCACAGCUCGUUCCAAAGCACCAGGUGGAGCAAGCACGCCUUCUCGACUCCUACAAAGAAUCUUAUCCACACUGGUUCUUUCAGCUGAAAUGCGGUUUUGGACUUUUGAUGUAUGGAUUUGGAUCCAAGAGGCAGCUUCUUGAGGAUUUUGGAUCCACAGCAUUGACUGAUGGUGCUGCUGUUGUGAGCUUAUCAAGACUUCGCAGCAAAUCUUUGCCAGGUUUUGCGUACUUUGAAGCAAACAUCGAUGGUCCUGGUCUGAGAGAUGGCGCUACGCAGCAGCAGCUUGCCAAGCUAGCUUCGUGCUCGCAUUUCCGGAUAGUUUCUUCCAUCGACAGCAUCAAUGGUCCAUUAUUGUGGGAUAAACGCAUGGCGAACACGCAGUUCAAUUGGUGGUGGCAUCACACCCCGACUUACGCUGCUUACGAUGCCGAGGCCUCUCACGUUCCGCUACUGCUUUCUUCCCUCGGGACCAGCAAGAGCGUCCGCAGUGCACUGCUUGUUUUACAAAGCUUGACAACGAAUGCUCAGAGCGUCUUCAAGGAAACCAGGAAUGUCGCAGUACCAGCUCUACAACAAAUGCAGGGAGCGUUUCCUGGUGAGCAGCGAGCUGACACUCCGAGCUCACCUCACGGAGUUCCGAGACCACCAGCUCGUUCGCUGGAAGAAAGGCUCAAACGGACAGGAGUGCUUGCAGAUCACUCUAUCAAACGAUGCUCUAGCGAAGAUGCUGGAAAAUCUGUGUCCGAGCUAGCACAGCCAGCAAAAACCAUCGAUCCAGCUUCAUCUUUCCCGGGGAUCCGCUGCCGGGAGCUGAGCUCAAUUCCCGGAGAGCUCAUCGCGCUUGCCCUAGGGAGCUCCGGGAUUUGUUUCAGCUGA